CACCAUGCUCGGCGGGGGCUGGCGGAGCCGCGGCACCGCCCUGGCGGCCCUGCGCGCCGGGGCCCUGCUCCGAGCCGGACUUUCCUGCACCAAAGGAACGCUUGGCAGGUCCAGCGUGGCUGCGAGCUGUCUUCCUGCACACACAGCACGAGCAGAGGAAGUCGAAGACAGUUGCACAAGUCAACAUGAAGGUGGAGUUGCUCCCAGCCCUCACAGACAACUACAUGUAUCUCCUCAUCGAUGAGGAGACAAAGGAGGCUGCUAUAGUUGAUCCUGUGCAGCCCCAGAAGGUUUUGGAUGCAGUCAAAAAGCACGGCGUGAAGCUGACCACUGUCCUGACCACGCACCAUCACUGGGACCAUGCCGGAGGAAAUGAAAAGCUUGUAAAGAUGGAGACGGGGUUGCGUGUUUAUGGGGGAGACAGCAGGGUUGGAGCACUAACACAGAAGGUGUCACACCUUACGUCACUCAAGGUGGGAUCUCUUAAUGUGAAAUGCCUCUGUACACCAUGUCACACUUCUGGACACAUCUGUUAUUAUGUGACUAAGCCAAAUAGCUCCGAGCCACCUGCUGUUUUUACAGGUGACACACUGUUUGUGGCUGGUUGUGGAAAAUUCUUCGAGGGAACUCCAGAGGAGAUGUACAGAGCACUGAUAGAGAUUUUGGGGAGCUUGGAACCUGAAACGAGAGUUUAUUGUGGUCAUGAAUACACCAUCAACAAUCUCAAAUUUGCACGACAUGUUGAGCCCAGUAAUGUUGCUAUCCAAGAAAAGCUUGCUUGGGCCAAGGCAAAAUAUGACAGCGGUGAACCAACCAUACCCUCCACAAUUGCAGAAGAGUUUACAUACAACCCCUUCAUGCGAGUGAGGGAGAAGACUGUUCAGCAGCACGCUGGGGAGACUGACCCCAUCCGAACAAUGGGAGCUAUCAGAAAAGAGAAGGAUAAUUUCCGGGUCCCAAAGGACUGAGCACUCUGCCUGAAUCACUUUAAAUGUCAGUUUAAUCGUAACUUAGACUAUUCAGAUGUUUUAGGAAUUAAGCAUUCUGUUGUGAUUAAGACAGUCAUAUUUAGGUUUUUAUUUUGUUUUAAUUAAGGAAAAAAAGCACUUUGCCCUUGUUGAGAAUGUUCUACAGCAUAUUUAUAUGAUGAAGAAUAUUUAUCCUUCUAUUUGUGGUUCUCAAACUGUCACAUAUGUCACAAACUGAUCAGAUCAUUUUACAAAUGUUGGUACAUGGCUCAGAGGCUGGGGUUGGGAAGAGUCAAGUCUUGAAGCUUUUUUUUUUUUUUAAAAAAAAGUUCUGUUAUUUUUAUAGGAGCCCUCUGUGAGUGCAGACAGUGGGACUGGGGUCCAAGAUGUCUUCAUUUAAAAAACAGAGACAAAAUACACAUAACUUAAAUUGCCAUCUGAAGAUUUAAAUUUUUCCAUGCUGCUACUUAAACUCUUCUGAGUCUAUCACUUCUGUCUCCACUAAAGCCACUUGCCAGUGACAGAUCUGCUCUGCCACCACCAGUUAAGGGCUUAGUUCAUUAAAUACGCUAUAUGGCCUGGCUUUAGAAACAGGAUGGUGGGACUGUCCAGCUGUUCUGCAGGGCUUUUCUCUCUGACUUUCCUUCUCAUAGACUGCAGUAACUUCUUCAGGCAGCGUGCUGGCUUAGAGAUUGCACUGUUGCUUAUACCCUUGCACUGUCAGCUUAGCCUGUUUGCAUGUACCUGCUCACUGCUCUUAAUUGUGAUCUGUAUGUUACUUGUGUUAGUACCACAAGGCUGAAGAAGGAAUUCGUCUGCUCAUGCAAGAUCCUAAGAAGAAAGAACUUACCUGGUGCCUAACUGCAUGUCUAGCAGUUGAGUAGCAACUAGACUGCUGCUCCCGUAGGUUCCUUGCUGCCAGUAACCAGAAGAGCUGCUUUGUAAUAUGCUGUAAACUAGCACUUACCAGCUGGACACUGAUCCCCAGCCAAGAGAGCAACUGUUCUCGUGAGCGUGGGUAGUAACUAUCUUGUGCCUCUGAAUGUGGAAGACACCAGCAUAUAGGCCUGAAUUAAAUGGGAGCAGAUGCUGUAUGCUACUGCAAUUAACCGUUUAUCACUGCAACCUGCUCUGGUUCAGCUUCUGUUCAGAAAAGGCCAGAGAAGUGACGUUAUAAAUGGAGAGGUUGUCCUUAUAUUGCCAAAUUCAGUCAGGCUGGAAUCUCAGAUCCCUGGAGAAACCAUCUCAGCAUGGCGUGUUCCAGUUUCUAGGUUUGCCCGUUCGGCUUAAAAGCUGUCUCUCUUCUCAGGCUAGUGCCGAGUGACCCGAGUCUGCAGCUACCCUGAAAACUGCAAAGAGGAAACAUCUCACUGGGCUGUUUUUCUGACUGAGUAAUGUGCGAAAGUGGGUGAAUGGGAUCAACUUUGGGGAUGGGGGGGGGAAAUGCAGUUUUCUGAGAGGGGAGUGGAUUAAGUCUGAACGGCUCAUCUUUUGGGGCGGCUGAGAUGCUUGGUCCUGGCUGUGGGACUAUAAAUAAAAUCUGUUGAGACCAAAGGCCUGAGGAAAGGCUUUCUGCUCUCAGCGUUUGGAAAUACUUGUUCGCACCUGUGGGAUACAGAGCACUGGGACAUCCGUCCGCAGCCCAGGUGCACUGAGAGAGUUGGCACAGGUAUUCGUGAAUUUUUCUAGUACCUCCCUGGCUGAAACUGUGUAUCUGGAAGAACUUGUGUUGCCAAUUCAGAAUAGCACUUUGGGGCGUCGCAGUCCUGUUACUGCCUGUAGUUUUGGCAGAGAGCUGAGUUGUAAUGACCCCACAUCCGCGCUGCAGCGUGAAGCAGCACUUGUUUCGAAUGAACUUGCUUAGCCCAGGCUCCCUGUUCGGGCCUCGGGGGCUGAGCCAGUAUCCAGGGAGCUUCUCGUGUUGCUAACGAAAAGCAUCUUUCCAAAGGAAUAUUGCCUCUGAGUUCUCCAGUAUCCGGGUGCCCGACCCUGGUCGUGCUUGACCUGGGACGCACCUCUCCCGUGCUUUCCAUCCUUCAACUUGACAUCUUUUUAGGAAAAAAAGAAAAAAGGUAAAAGAAACAUCAGAAAAGCUGGUAAGAGGUAGAGGAGCUGCUGCGGGAGCGACCUGCCUCCCCUCGUCCGUCCCGAGCAUCCGGAACGGCUUGUGCCUGAUGGACAGUUGUCACGAGGAGGGAGGGUCGGUGGUUAGUGACUGAUUUGGGCUUUUUAACGCUGUCUGCAAGGGCUGCUGCAGCUUGCUCGUUUGCUGUGGGUGUGCGUGCCGGUGCUGUGUCUGGGGCCACCUUUCCUCUUACGGUGGAAGAGGAAUCUCGCAAGCAAAGCCUGGUAGAGACCCUCCCCGAGAGCUGUCAGGAGCGGACUGGGCGAUGAUUGCCGCCUCAGCAGGAGUGAGCCAAAGAUGGUAGGACACAGUCUUCGAGGGGCUUGACAGCUGUCUUUAAUGAUUUUUGUUCCUAAUUAUAUCUUCUUCCUCUGUUUCUUGAUCUCAGUUGCAUACUGCAAUCUGCUCAAGUACAAGAUUUUUUUUUUUUUUUAAUGAAUGUUUCACCAUUGAAACUAAGCAUGAAAAGAUUCAAAUGAUUUUGGUUCUGGUUUCUCCCGCUGUCCCUAAAGUGUGUUGCUUGGCGAGUAAUGCAGCAGUGGAGUUUGUAACUGCUUAAUUUCAUUGUGGGGGCUCAGGUCCGCUCUCUAAAGGAAAUGCGGCGGUAGCUGUGUUAAAGGGAUAUGAGCAGAACUUGGUGUAACCAUUUUUAAAAAAUUUUACUUUAUAAAUUUUUUUUGUAGUUCAGAAGGAAAAGUGGUACCUAAAACUUUACUGACUCUAAUAAUUUGAAUGCUGUGCUGCUACAACCAAGCAUGACUUUGCUGAUGUCUGUUUUGACAAUUGAGGAAAUAAAUACAGCUGUAAACAGA